ACCAACGAGAACAUGGAGAUCACAAGCGCCUUGCAGUCUGAACAGCACGUGAAGAAGCAGCUGGCCAAGAAACUGGAGGAGCUUCAGGAGAAGCUGUUGGACUUUAAGGAGAAGAUGGCUCAGAAGACGCACGAAGCCCAGGACCUCCAGGACCAGAGGGACCAGUAUUUGGCCCACCUCCAGCAAUACACCGCAGCCUAUCAGCAACUGACCAGUGAGAAGGAGGAGCUGCACAAACAGUUCCUCCUACAGACCCAGCUUAUGGACCGUCUACAGCACGAGGAAGUCCAAGGCAAGGUGAACGCCGAGAUGCACUUCAAAGAGCUUCAGAAAGCUAAGAAAAGCCUGGAGUCCUUUUCCAAAGAGAACAAAGAGCUCCAAGCGCAGGUCAGCCAGCUCAUGGCCGAACUGGACGAAAGGAUGCUGCCCAGGGCUCAAGGCGAUGGCGUGGAAGCCGCUGAGUUUGUGGACUCCGGGACUUCUCCGCUCAGCAUUCCGGAGGAUUUCGAGAGCAAAGAGGAAAUGGUGGCGUUCUUGACCUCCGCCGUGUCCCGAGCGGAGGGCGAGCGCGACGAGAUGAGGCGGCAGCUGAUGGAAAAGAAACGACAAUGCAGAGAGCUCUUGCAGCAGAUGACCGCCCUCAAGAAGGAGCAUCAGCUGCAGCUCACGUCCACAGGAGGCUCGGAUGCCGAUUCGGUUCCAGGAGAGGUUCAUGAAGCCUUAAAAAGUGCCAUGGAGAAGCUGCAGCUCCGAUUCACGGACCUGAUGCGGGAGAAGGCGGAGCUGAGGGAGCGCGUGGAAGAACUGGAACACCACUGUAUCCAGCUGUCCGGAGAAACGGACACCAUAGGCGAAUACAUCGCCCUGUACCAGAGUCAACGGGCGAUUCUCAAACAGCGCCAUCGGGAGAAAGAAGACUACAUCAACCGGCUGGCUCAAGACAAGGAAGACAUGAAGAUGAAGUUGCUGGAGCUGCAGGAACUGGUCAUGCGCUUGGUGGGCGAGCGUAACGACUGGUACACCAAAUACAGGAUGGCCACACAGACGAGGGACGACGGCGCCAAGGUGGAUGGCGCCUUCGAAUUGGACGCUUCCAAGGUGGCAGAGUUGAAAGAAGUGAGCCUGACGGACGGGCCAGAACUGGAUGCUUUAGCUUCCCGCUCCCGCCCGUCCCACAGCGACCCCAAGAGCCCCCAGCCCGCUCCUCAGGACCCCACAGCCCAGCAGAUCCUGCAGCUUCUCCACGAAAUCCAAAACCCGCAGAAUCGGAUGGGAUCCCCCUCGGAAUCCCCCUGCAUCCCCUUCUUCUAUCGGGUGGAUGAAAACGACGAAGUGAAGCUCCUGGUGCUGUAGCCGGGAAGGGACGUCAAGGGCUCCAGAGGGGGGUCGUGUGG